GAAAUUGUUAAAAUUAAUUCGAAAUUUCGAGUAUUCGAAAUUAAGAAUGUCAUCAGCCUUUGUUCGAAUCAUUUGUGACUUCAGCGACAGCUAUGGACAAAAUACGAACUACAAGCGCAAGCGGGGAACUGCGUUUGUCAUAUCGGUGUAUAAACUUGGUAUAUUAUAUCCCACGUGAACAAUUGAGUUCAUUAGGUUAGAAUAAGUAGUAUUAGUAGAUUGUGAACUUAAACAUUUUUUAUAUUUAUCUUUUUUUUUUUCUUUUUUUUUCUUUUUUUUUUCUUUUUUUUUCUUUUUUAAUGAUGGCGUGCAUCUUGCAGUGAUCCAUGCUAGAUACGACAUCGAUACGCAUUUGUUUCGCGAAAAAUGUACAGGGAAUAAUAAAUAUAACUGAUACAUAUAUAACAAUUAGUAUAUAAAUUUGCGAUAGAAAAUAAGAUUUUAUCGAAUGUUUUGUUAAUAAUAAUUAGUGAUAUACUUAUAUAUUAUAUUAUUUUAAUAUAAAUUAAAAUAUAAGAUGUAUCUGUCGAUGUAUGAUUAUCAAGAACUUUACUUAUUGAUUGUUCGCGCGAUAAAUCAUUACGUAAUAUAAUACAAUUUUUUCUUCUUUUGUUAUUAUACAUUACCAUUAUUAUAUGUAUAUCUGAUGUAUAUAAUAUAAGUAUAUUCUUUUACUUCUUCUUCUUAUCAUUGUUAUUAUUAUAUAAUAUAUUAUUAUAGUAAUAGUGGUAGUAAUGGCAAUAUAAAGUGGGCUAUUUCUAUAGAGGAAAGUAUAAAAACAAAAUAGUGUACAAUUUUUAAUUUGAAAUUUAACAAUAUCGUAAAAAAAUGAAAUAUGGUAUAUGGGAUAUGGUAAGAAAAAAAAAAAAAAAAAAAAAAACUUUGAUUACAUACUCAGAGAACUAACCUAUAUAAAUUCUUUAUCAAGCUAAAUACUAGUAUAUUUGAUUAUCUUGCUGUCAAUAAGUAGACCAGUGUUGUUACCAACAAUGAAAAUCAAAUUAAAUGUUGGUAUUCCUGCUUUAGUGGAUUUUUCUCUGCACUAAAAAUUUACUACACUUUUGAUGACAGAUCAACGUUAUAACAACAAUUGUAAUUGAGGAAAGAAAUAUAAUAUAAUUUUACAAAAAUGAAUUUGGAAUUAUUAGAAUCAUUCGGUCAGAAUUAUCCAGAGGAAUUUGAUGGUACAUUGGAUUGUAUAUCGCUUGCUGUGACAUGUACAUUUAACAAACGAGGAACCUUACUUGCUGUUGGUUGUAAUGAUGGUAGGAUAGUUAUAUGGGAUUUUCUGACACGUGGGAUAGCAAAGAUCAUCAGUGCACAUGUACAUCCAGUUUGUUCAUUGAGUUGGUCUAGAAAUGGGCAUAAGUUGCUGAGUGCUUCCACAGAUAAUAAUGUUUGCAUAUGGGAUGUUUUGUCUGGGGAAUGCGAUCAGAAAUAUAGGUUUCCUUCUCCAAUUUUAAAAGUUCAAUUUCAUCCAAGAAAUUUAAAUAAAUUUUUAGUAUGCCCAAUGAGACAUGCUGCUGUAAUGGUUGACGUCGAAGGCACACACAGGGUCAUACCUCUUGAUGAAGACAGUGAUUUAAAUAUAGUAGCAUCAUUUGAUAGAAGAGGUGAUUAUGUAUAUACUGGAAAUGCUAGAGGUAGAAUUUUGGUCUUAGAUGCAGAAUAUUUAACUGUUAAGGCAUCUUACAAAAUUUCACAAGGUACUGCCAGUAAUACGGCAGUAAAGAGCAUUGAAUUUGCAAGACGUGGUUCAUGUUUUCUUGUUAACACUUCCGAUAGAGUAAUUCGCGUGUAUGAUAGUACAGAGAUAUUGGCAUGCGGGAAAGAUGGUGAACCAGAGCCAAUUCAAAAAUUACAAGAUCUUGUAAAUAAAACAAUGUGGAAAAAGUGCUGUUUUUCUGGUGAUGGAGAAUACGUAUGUGCUGGGUCUGCCAGACAACAUGCAUUAUAUGUUUGGGAAAAAAGUAUUGGAAACUUAGUUAAAAUUUUGCAUGGAACUAAAGGAGAACUAUUAUUAGAUGUUGUGUGGCAUCCAGUAAGACCUAUCAUAGCUUCCAUUUCAUCAGGUGUAGUUUCUAUUUGGGCACAAAAUCAAGUAGAAAAUUGGUCCGCUUUUGCGCCAGAUUUUAAAGAAUUAGAUGAAAAUGUAGAAUACGAAGAAAGAGAAAGUGAAUUUGAUUUAAGCGAUGAGGAUAAAUCUGUAGUACAGGGUGAAGAAGCUCAAGAUGAAGAAAUUGAGGUAGAUGUAGCAUCAAUCGACAGAGUUGCUGCAUUUUGUAGUUCAGACGAAGAGACGGAAGAUAUAGGUUCUCUUCAAUUUUUACCGAUAUCUCCAGAUGUAGAGGAUUCAGAGGAUAAUCAAACUUCUCCUCAUGAACCACCAGUAAAGAAACAUCGUUCACAUAAUAUCGAUUUACAAGGUGCACCAACUGGAGAAACACAUCCCUUAUUGAAUAAAGGAAAGGAUAAACCUACUACAAAGAAAGGCAGACCUAGAUUAGAGCAUAGAAAAGGAAAAUAAUUUUUUUUAAUUAUUCACCGUACUCACAAAAAUCAAUAAAACGUGUCUUAUCAUAUGUAUAUAUACAUCUAAGUCAUUUUGUAUUGAAAAGUGCAAAUAUUAUCUUAUUAAGAGGCAAAGAAUAUUUGCAAUAACUUUUCCAUAAACAUUUCUUACAAACAAAAGUUGUUAAUAUUCUCAAUGUACUGUAUAAAAAAAAUAUUUAAAGAUUUUUAAGUUU